UACACAUGACUAUUGCUGUGCGGAGCAGUGCGGAGGCGGGGUCGAACUUUGUCUUGUAUUUAUGUUUUUAUUUAGUAAUGAAAAUAUAAAUAUUUAAAAUACAUUUAUCAUUCAGUUAAAAAUAAAAGUAUUAAUUUGAUUGUAAGUGUUGAUAGAAUUAUUUUAAAAAAAUGCAUAGGCGUCGAGGUCCAAAUUUUACUUAUGUUAGCGGAUGUGUGAAGUAUAUGAUUUUUAUUUUGAAUUUCAUAUUUUGGUUAUUUGGAGGUCUGAUGAUAGCUGUAGGACUUUAUGCAUUCAUCGAUAAAUGGCAAGCAACUGGACUAAUAAAGUUGGAUACAAUUUACGAUGUGAUGCUGAACAUAAGUCUGCUGAUCGCGUUGCUCGGUGGCGUCGUGUUUAUUGUGAGCUUCGCUGGUUGCGUCGGUGCUUUGCGAGAGAAUACGUGCUUGUUGAAAUUUUAUUCCCUAUGCCUGCUGAUACUGUUCCUGGUGGAGAUGGGCGGUGCGGUGUGCGGGUUCGUGUUCCCCCGCAGCCUGCACGGGCUGUUAGAGCUGAGCUUCACGGAGCGCGUCGUGCACGCAUACAGGGACGACCCAGAUCUACAGAACUUUAUUGAUUUCGCACAGAGUGAUUUCCAGUGCUGUGGAUUGACCUCUGAUGGUUACAUGGACUGGUCCAAGAAUGAAUACUUCAACUGCUCCUCACCCUCAGUAGAACGUUGUGGAGUUCCCUUCUCAUGCUGCAUUAACGCCACAGACAUCUCCUCAGGACUCGUCAACAUCAUGUGUGGAUAUGGCGUCCAGAACUCACCGGUUGCGGAAGCUAGCAAGCGUGUAUGGACAAGCGGUUGUAUCGAGAUAGUACGUCUAUGGGCUGAACGCAAUCUGUAUAUGAUAGCGUGUGCUGCUCUCGGUGUUGCUCUCUCGCAGCUGUUCGUCAUCUACCUUGCCAAAACGCUCGAGGGGCAGAUUGAGUUGCAAAAAGCCAGAUGGCAAACAUGAAAUAGGGGUUACGCGGGGGCGUACCGCGACGAGUCGAGGCGAGCCUUGCUGUAGCCUCGCCCGCCUGCGGGCACCGCGGCCCUGCAUCUGUAGGGCAACACUCGUCUGCACUGAGACAGACAAGUGUCAUCGGACACUGGACUAUACUAUCAAUGACGAGUGAGCCAUAGACAAGUGUUAGUGUAUAUUUAACCGUAAACAAGUGUCAGUGUAUAUUUAGCCAUAAACAAGUGUCAAUCUAAACUGCAGCACAGGUGUUGUCACACACAGGUGUUGUGUAUGCUGAGCAAAACAAGUGUCAAUGAACAAUGACACAGACAAGUGUUAGUGUACAGUGAGCCAGACAAGUGACAGUGAUCAGCGAAGCCUAGAGAAUUUGACAGUUUUCAUUGUCAUGACAGCUGUCAGAUUUUUAGUCUCUGCUAGUGUUUUAUAGGUAAGUGAUCAGUAAGCCAUAUUGUUAGAGUAGCAGACCUUUGACUAAAGUAUCGCACAACGGUUGCGUACUUGUAGAUUGUUUUUAGGUUAAUUCAACUGUUUAUUUGCUCAACUUAUCGAGUAGUGUGCGCACUUCCAUACAAGCUUAUAGAAAUCAAAGCAAGACUAAACAGUUGUGCGAUAGUUUAGUCAAAGGUGUGCACACUCUUUUAGGGUAUUUUUACUUGUGACUGUCAAUAUAUUUUGACAGUUGUCAAGAUUUGUGUAUUCCAUACUUAAAAGUGUAUAUUUAGAAUUUUAUGUGCUACUUUUUUAGAUUUGGUAAGUUUUCUAGUCUAAUUAAGUUUUUAAUUAGAGAAUUGAUAUUUAUAGGUACAAAAAAUGUAUUUAUUGCUAUUAGAAUGUUGCCAUGAUUCAGUGAAAAAAUAGAUUUAACAUAUUCUACAAUACUCAUACUUCUUGAUGUAUUCUCAUUUAUUUUUAAUUAUUCAUACCCAGUUAUUUUGCAAGAUUAAUUAAUUUUCUUUAUAUUACAAUGGUUUGAUUAUUAAAACUAAAACUUUAUUCUUUUUUCAAAAACAAAAAAUGUUUUUAAAAAUCUAUCCCCAAUGCAAAUCCGCAGCAAAAUAUAACAAAUCUUUUAUUGUAAUGUUCAAUUACCUUUCAUAGUUAAAUUUCUAUUUGAACUAUGGGUUUCGACUGCAGUGACAAAAUCCAUAUAAAUAUAAACAAGUGACUUUAGACAUUUUGACAUUGACAGCCAACUGUCAAUUUAGUUUGAAUGCCAUUGCCUCUGUGGUUUAAGCACUUGACUUGUCUAAUCUACAGGUCUUGGGUUAGAAUCCCGCUGUACCAAUGUGAUUUUCGAUUU